GUUCUUAUCUUUGCUAGUUGUGCACUAAGUAUUUACUUGAAGUAGCGAUGGUUGAAAGAUUGUACAAGACAAUGUUAUUAAACUGGAUUGUUUUGAUCCUUUCUCUUCUUUUUUAUGAAGCAUUUAGCUGUCCCGACGGAUGGUCUGCGCAGCAAUCGUCAUGUUACCAUUUCAGUCAUGACAAAGAAGCAUGGGCAAACGCAGUGACAAUAUGUCAAGUACUUGGUGGUCAUGUUGUUGAAAUAGAAGACGCUACAGAAAAUCAGUACCUAGUGUCCCAAGCAAAAAUUGCUAAUACAUCAUUUUGGAUAGGACUGAACGACCUGCAAGAGGAGGGCACUUGGGCAUGGGUAAACAGCAAGGCGGCUGCCUCGUACACCAACUGGGCAAAGGGACAACCAGACAAUGACGUUCGUAACGAAAACUGCGCUCUUAUAACAAAAGGCUUCAACUUUUUAUGGAAUGAUGCACAAUGUUAUAGUCUUCAAAAAUAUAUAUGCGAGAAAACCGCUGAAAACACGAUGAUUGUUGGGUAGACGUAUACAUGCUGCUUGUCUUGAUGAUUAAAAAGUUAAUUUAA